GUCCACCGUGCAGGCAUCAACUUCCCCAGCUACGCUUUCGAGAACCAAGCCGAGACCGAGGGCUUCGCCAAGAUGGCCAAGCGAGCUGGCUAUGAAGUCAUUGGCCUUCCGAACUAUGUUGUCUGGCACAUUGACACAGAUGAGAAGGGCGGCAAUGCCUAAGUCUUUCUGGUACGUCUCGAUCGGGUCAGCAGCAGACCGCGGUCGAACGGAGGUCCUAUGACUCGCUAUACCCUGUGGUCAUUUGAGGUAGUUCGGGGUACAAGGUCAAACAUGCCAGCAAGGGAAAACCCGAGGACUGUCUACCGGUGGACAGGCGACACAUGCACGACACGUGCUCUGCAAACGCCCGUGACCUCUACGUCAACUAUCAUCAGGACUCAAUUAGACAUGGAGAGAACUGUCCAUUUCGAGGGCGGAACUCCCUACUACAUAAGCGUUCAUUGUAAACCCUUCAUCUCAGGCCAACCGCCUUCACCACUACUGCCUAGGAGUCAUGUCAUUCUACUUUGGGUUGGGAACGAAGCAAGCAUACAUGUGUGGUUUGGAGCCGUGCUGUAUGCUGGGGCCGGUGUGGUCGUCUGGUGGUAUGAGUUGGUAUAUAAAGCGAGCAAAAUCGGUUGGCGAAUGACAGGCCAGCAGCGAGACGGGGGACUCUUGACUGGCGCCUCUACUUUUCAGCGGGUUUUGGGGUGUCCAAGGUCAAAAGAUCGUGGUGUGAUAUGGAUGGGAUGACCAAGGCAGGAAUGGGAGGAAUGGCUUAUGCGACCAAAAAAGA